AUGGCUUCCGGCAUAUUGACCGUCUUCCUGGCGGCUCUGCAGGCCUCCAUAUCCGUUUUGUUAACUAUCUUCUACGGCGCAAUUGCCGGCCAGUUCAACCUCAUCUCUGAGAGCUCGGCCAAGGACAUCUCCAAGACAUGCGUGCGCCUGUUCCUGCCUGCGCUGCUAAUUCACAAUGUUGGAUCGCAACUCAGUCUUGACAGCGGCGCCAAGUACGUGCCUAUACUCAUAUUCGCCAUCAUGUACAACAUCAUGUCAAUUGCUUUUGGCACCCUGAUGACCCGCGUUUUCAAAUUUCCCGCUUGGGUUACGCCGGCCAUUGCCUUCAACAACACGACAUCCCUGCCGCUCCUUCUCGUGCAAUCCCUCAGUUCGACAGGCGUGCUCUCGAGCCUCGACGGCUCUGACGACGUCAUUGAUCGCGCAAAGUCGUACUUCCUCGUCAAUGCCAUCGUUAGCAACUCGUUGACCUUCGCGCUCGGCCCCCGCCUGCUGAACGGCCAAGAAGAAGACGCGCCCGACCAAGACGACAAUGAGAACAAGGACGAUGGAGAUGUAUCCGACGAUUCCAGCGACGGCGUUCCCGUCAUCGAGGGCACCGAGGACGUCGAAAGCGGACGCAUCAGGCCAACGCAGCAGCACCCCGCCGCUGCGUCAUCCUCCAACAACGACGAAAACGACGAGGAGGAGCACGUCACAGAGGAGACGUCUCUCCUGCCCGACCCGAUCGCGCGCAAGAGCCGGAAGGCGGGCCGCAAGGCGUACGCGCGCGGCGCCCACGGCUUCUCCAAGCUCCCACCAUGGGCGCGCUCGCUGCUCUCGUUCGCCUACCAGUUCGCCAACGCGCCCGUCAUCGGCGCGGCGCUGGGCUGCCUGGUCGGCCUGACGCCCGCGCUGCACCGCCUCUUCUUCGCCGCGCCCGACGCGGGCGGCUACUUCAAAGCGUGGCUGACAUCGUCGAUCAAGAACGUCGGCGACCUCUUCGCCAGCCUGCAGGUCAUCGUCGUCGGCGUCAAGCUGCUCGCCAGCCUGCGCAAGCAAAAGGCUGGCCAGGAGAGCGGCGCCGUGCCCUGGCUGCCCUUCGCCAUCAUCACUUUUGUUCGUUACGUCCUGUGGCCCCUCGUCUCCAUCCCGCUCGUCUGGGCGCUGGCUACCCGCACCAACGUCCUCGACGACGACCCCAUCUUGUGGUUCGCCAUGAUGCUGAUGCCUGCGGGCCCGCCGGCGAUGAAGCUGACGGCGCUGGCUGAUGUGAAUGGGAGCGAUGAGAAGGAGAAGAUGUCGAUUGCGAGGUUUUUGACGCUCUCGUACCUCAUCUCGCCGCUCAUAUGCUUCUCAGUCGUCGGCAGCUUGAAGGCUUCGGAGGCCGCGGUCGGGAGAUAG